CGUAAAUUAUAUUGACGUCACUUGGUUGACGUUUGCGGAAACAAGUCGUUGCUUUAGCCAGUUAACUCAAAACCAAAACAAAGGGGAUGUUUUCGUAUUAAAUCGAAAGAAAACGGAAAAUUAUUUCAGAUAUCGCUUUAUUCUGUCCGUUCGACUUACCGGUUAUCUCUCUGUGUUUGUCAGUCCACUGAGAAGUAGCUAACUUCGACUAAGAUGGAGGACCCUGGUGGUAACGGAGCAGAGUCUGCUGCUCCAUCACCAGCAGGUGCAGCCAAGUCAAAGCUGGACACACUGUCCAAAGAUGACCUUAUCAAGUUUGCCAAGAAGCAGAUGGCUGCCAUGCAGAAGAUGAAGGGCAGGUGUGCAGAUUUGGAAAAAGAAGUUGAAUCCCUCAAACAGCAAUCCAGAAACAAUAACAGCAGUUCAGGGGACUCCACACUGAUACAGGAGCUGACUGAGAGGAUGGAUGCCUUACUACUGGAGAAGGCAGAAACUCAGCAAAGUCUUACACUAUCUCGUAAAGAUCUAGAGAGGACUAAGCAGCAAGCCAAGGAUGAUCUAGCUGUCCUGCAAGGAGAGCUUGACCAUGCAAUAAAAGAUCACCAAAGGAAGAUCAAGACCCUAGAGAGCAGCAUUGAGGAAUCCAACAACAAACACCAAGAAGAAGUGUCUUAUUUCCAGAAAUUACUGAAAGAGAGAGAAGAGAGUGACAGGGAGAGGGAGAGUGAAAGAGAGAGGGAGCACCUGGCUGAACAUUCCAGUGCAAAAGAGAGCGCUGAAGAAGUCAGCCGUCGCUUAGAAGCUCAGCUGGAAAACCUUCGAGCUGAACUGGAAGUGAUCCAAGAGCGAAAAUUGCAGGAGAUUGCUGAGGUGCAGGAGAGCCACCAAAGGAAGUUGACAGAGGCCCAGCAGGAGGUGGAAAACCUGAGGGAGGAGCUGGCUCAGAAGAGUCUGCAGCACGAGGAGGAAAUGAGAGCUCUGGAGGAGGACUGUGAAAUGGAGAGGGAGCGUCUUCUGUUGCUCCAUGAGGAGCUGACCGAGCAGCUCGCUCUCAAAGACAGCUACCUGCAGGAUGUGCAAGAGGAAGAUGAGGAACCUGCCCGUGGUUCGGGGAUCGCCAAAAUGCUGGAGCUGUCUGGCUGCAGUCAGGUUGACUCCGGCCAUGUUGAUGGAGAGGAGACAGAGACUGGAAGACUGAGAGCUGCCUUGGAAGAACUUCAAGCACAGAACACCAUGUUACAGGAUGAGCUCACCCUGCUCAGUAAUGUUAAGGGUGAGCUUGAGGCAGAGCUGGAGAGGGCCAAGGAGGACUUCCAGAUGGAGAGAGAAGAGCUGGAGUUCAAAAUCAAUGAAUUGCAGAUGAACCGGGAAAGUGCUCCCAAUGACCCAGCCAUAACCCUGGACCCUGACCAACAAGAAAUCCAACGAGAGUUCCAGCAACCAAGUGUCACACACAAAGAUGAAGAUGGCUCUCUCCUAAGUGAAUUCAAAGAGUCAGCAAUUAGUCCUGGGGACCCCUUGAAUCCAGAGGAGCUGAGGGCCCAGUGUGAGGCUUUGACAAGAGAGAGACACUCUGCCCUGGCUGAGUGUCAACACAUGAGAGACAUACUGCAAGGUGUGGAGACUGAACUGGGUGAGAAGACAAAAGAUUUUGUUCUUCAGUACAAAGCCAUGAAGGAGCAAGGGGCCAAUACUGUACGGGAACUCCAAGACAAGAUCGAAGAACUUAGCCACGAGAGGGAUGAACUGCUGGAGAGGGUGAGAGAGGUUACAGAGGAGAAAAACACUGUGAUGAAGAAUGUUGAAGACCUGAAGCUGAAGCUUGAAGGUGAGGACCAGAAACUCCAGUCCUCUAUAGAGGAACAAACAACUUUAGCCUGUGAGCUGAAGCAAUCUGUGGAGGAACUGACCAGGCAGAACGAGGAGAUCCUCUCCCAACUGCAGAUGAAGGAAAACGUGAUUCUAGACCUGAAAGAGAUGGUCAACAUGCUGACUGAAGAGCGAAACAAAAUACAAUCCCAGCUUCAGCACAGAGAAGAGGAAAUGCAAAUGCUGAACAAUGAGAGAGCAAAAGAAAUUGAGAGGCAACUGGAGGAGAAAGAGAAGGAGGAUGAAGUGCAACAUCUAAAAGAGGGGAGGGAAAAGAUAGAGGAGAGCCUGAAAGAGGAGGUGGAAAGAAGGCUGGAGACAGUUUCUGCUUUAGAGCUGACUAUCAAAGACCUCUCCACUGAAAAGGCUGACCUCCAUCAGAAAUUGGAAGAGGCAUCUUCCAAAGCCCAGGAAACAAAGGAGCUUUUGGGCUUCAAGCUAGCAGCCCUGGAGGCUCAGCUAGAGCAGGAGACAUCUGAAAAGAAUCACCUAGAGGUGAAGUUGAAUUCAUUGGCAGAGGACGCAGAGCAGGCCCGUGCCACCAUUAGAGCUCUGGAGGAAAAUCAGUCUGAAGUACUCAGAAACUCCACCGAAGAAGUUGAGGAGCUCCGAGCAUGCAUAGAUGAGCUGGAAAAGGAGAGGAGCCUGUUGAGGAGUAGUCUUGAGGAGGCUCAAGGGGUAAUAACAUUAGACGAGGUGCAAAGGGAGCUCCAGGCUCGUAUCACAGACCUGGAAAAGGAGAAGAACAUGUUGAGAAACAACCUGGAGGAGGUGGUGAAGGAUACCGAAGACCUGCAGAAAGACCUGGAGGACAUGAAAUCAGUCAAUGAGAAGGUUAAUGAGGAGAACAAGAAACUGCUGGCUCACAUUUCUCUCAUGACUCAAGAGAAAGAAGACACGGAGAAAGGGGAAAUGGAGAGAGAGAUGGAGAAUGUGGAGAAAGAGAGAAAAGAGCUCAAAGACCAGCUGACAGAGAAGGAUUCACUCAUAUCUCAGUUGAGGAGCGAGAUGGCUUCUCUCCAGGAGUCUGCUGCCCGGUCUGCUUCCUCUGAGGAAAAUGCCACCAGUGAGAGCACAAAUAAAAUAGCUCUCCUGGAGAAAGAACACAAAGAAAAGGAUGAGAAGAUGAGCAAAAUGAAGGCAUUUGCCAUCAAAGCAAAGAAGGAGCUGGAUAUCAGUAAGAAAGAGGUUGCAACCCUCAAAGAGGAAGUAGAAUCACUGAAAGCAGACAGAGUGAAAGUGAGCAGCUCUAUGAAAGAUAUCAUCCAUGGUGCUGAAGGCUACAAGAACCUGCAGAUAGAUUACGACAGGCAGACAGAGCAACUGGAUAAGGAGAGAGAGAAGGUGGAGGAGGCAGAGAGACAGAUUGCUGAGCUGACCAAACGACUCAGCAGUGCUGUCACACAGAAGGAGACACUGAGCAGUGAGAAGGAGGACCUGCUGGCCAGUAUGGAGACCACAAGGAGCACAGUGAGGCAGCUGGAAGCCCAAAACCAGGAGCUGCAAAGACAGUCAGCCAGUCUGGACAGAGACCUGCUGGCUGAGAGAGCUAUGAAAGAACAGAAGAUCAAGGACUUGUCAUCUGCCAUGAAGGAGGUAGAGGAGCUGACAGCCCAGCUCCGCAAGCAGCAGCAGCAGUCUCAGCAGACUGCCCAGGAGCUGGAGCAGCUACGCAAGGAGGCGCAGCAGAGCUCUCUGCUGGACAUGGAGAUGGCCGACUACGAACGCUUGGUGAAAGAACUCAACGCCAAACUCUUAGAUAGAGAUGAGUGUGCUGAGGAGUUAAAGGCCCAGAUAAACACACUGACCCAGAAGGAGGACACACUCAAACAGGAAAUUGAGGCUUUGAAGUCCCAGCUGGACCAGGGGGAGGAGAAGACCUCCAAGAUGAAACAGCUGCUGGUGAAGACCAAAAAAGACUUGGCCGAUGCCAAGAAACAGGAAAGCUCCCUCAUGAUGCUGCAGGCCUCUCUGAAAGGAGAGCUGGAGGCUAACCAACAGCAGCUAGAAAGCUCCAAGAUCGAGUUGUGCGAGCUGACGGCCGAGCGCCAUCGUCUGCAGGAGCAGCUGAGGUCUGCGUUGGAACAGCAACAAAGAACCAGCAGCUCCCUGCAGCAACACAUCAACAGCCUGCAGCAGGAGAGAGACACUGCUAAGGCUGAGCUUAUGGCAACGGCAGGCGAGUUUGAGAGUUACAAGGUGCGAGUGCACAAUGUGCUCAAACAGCAGAAGAGCAAGACGACUGCCCAGGGUGAAGGAGACUCUAGCAAAUUUGAGAGGGAGCAGUUGUCCUCUCAGAUAGAGCAGCUGAGGUCCAGGCUGGCAGAGAGCCAGCAGAGCCUCCAGAGCAACACAGCAGAGCUGCUGCAGCUCCAGACUGAACACGACACUCUGCUGGAGAGACACAACAAAAUCCUCCAGGAAACUGUUAGCAAGGAGGCCGAGCUCCGUGAGAGGCUGAUGUCAGUGCAGUCAGAGAAUGUGGCUCUGCGGUCAGAUCUGUCCCAGGCUCAGGCUGACCUGUCUUCCCAGGUCGAGGCCCAGCGCCAGACCUACAGGGAGCAGCUGAGGAAGCUGCAGGACGACCACCGGGCCACUGUGGAGACCCUGCAGGGCCAGCUGACCCGCGUCGAGGAGCAACUCUUCAUCCUGCAGAGCCAGAACAGUUCAGUGUCCGUGCAGUCCAGCCGCAAGCCCCUGUCCUCAGACCCCCAGCGCAGAAGCACAGAUCAGAACCAGGCAGGACUGGGACUAAUGGCCCUCAGCGACCUCCAGUCUAUGGCCAGGGAGGACGCUGAGGGCAUGGAGACCACUGAGACAGAGAGCCUUUCUCCUGCUCUUACACCCCUGCCCUCUCUGGAGCAGCUUCUCACGUCCCCAGACCCCAAACAAGAGCCAUUUGUGUGGACGGUGGAGCCGACUAAAGAAGAGCUAAGUCAAAAGCUGAGCAUAGCCACCCGCAGUAUGGAGCAUAUGAACAGCCUCCUGCAUGAAACCGAGGCCACCAAUGCUGUUCUCAUGGAGCAGAUCACUUUGUUGAAGAGUGAAGUGCGGCGUCUGGAGCGAAACCAGGAGAGGGAGAAGAGCGUGGCCAACCUGGAGUAUCUGAAGAAUGUCCUACUGCAGUUCAUCUUCCUGCAAUCUGGCAGCGAGAGGCAGGCACUUCUGCCGGUCAUUCACACAAUGCUGCAGCUCAGUCCAGAAGAGAAAGGCAAACUGGCUGCCAUUGCACAAGGUGAGGAAGAGGGGUCCGGGUCCCGGGGCUCAGGCUGGACCUCCUAUCUCCACAGCUGGUCUGGGAUCAGAUAGACUUGAUGAUCAUCCAACCCAACAAAAACAAUAGGAGCACGGAGCUAAGAUGUUACUGGGCCUUUUUCUGUGAAAACCUGUACUGAGCAGUGAUGCUGUACAUUGGAAAUGGUGGCAAAAGUGGGAGGUUAACGAGGGGCAUUUACAACAUUUUGGGGACUCAGUAGAAGGGACCAAGGAAUGUAUCAGAAAAGAAUGAGGAAGUGUGUGGUAGAGAUAAAACCAAAACAUUUGACAUGAAUAUUGAUUUGAAUUUGCAGUGCAAUAGCUACAUUAGUCUCUUACCAAUGAAUGUUAACUGUGAAACAUUUCUGUCUUCCUUACUAUUGACAUGUAUUUAUAACAACAUUUACUGGACCUGAAGAUUACACCUCCUUGAAGUGAAGCUCAUAAGGCAUUAUAAGGCAUCAUUAGCACUAUGAAAACAUGACUAGAUAUAAUACAUUAUAUGUCCUGUAUAUUAUGUUAUAAUGCACAUGAUGAUGUGGAGGAACGAUAUAACUUGAAUAUCAUUUUCAGAGGUUUGAUUACUUUGCAAGAUUUUACUUGCACUUCUAAUGGGCUUGUACUGUGUAGUGCAGUACACUUAAAGGACUAUACUAGAGAUUUAGCUCUUCUGGUGAAAAUCACAUAUGCUUUAUGUUUCUUUGAACAGUUUUCAAGGGCAUACUGAUGUUUGUUAAUGCGUUUUUACUACCUUAGAGGCAGCCAUUUUUUCCCCAUUCCUUGCAGUGUGAAAAACAAGUUGUCACUAGUUACUUACUAGUUGUUGCCUGAAAGGUAGAAAAAAGACAUUAAGAAAAUGCAACAUGCUUUGGAAAACAAUAAGCAGUCGUGUUAAGUGUGUGUGAUUUAGUUAAUGGGGCUAAAACAUGCUAAACCUCCUGUGUGGUCCGUUGAAGUCUUUCCAGUAUGUCUAUCAUGUUCUCACUUCAAGUACAAAGGAGUGCAUUUCUACAUUCUCAGGUUCACCUGACCAACAUAACUGACAGAACAUUAUCAUAAUAGCGUAUUUAUACUUCUUCUGACUGAUUUUGCAGUUGUUCACUAAUGCCUCACGUUCUUAAAUCAGGAGCAGUUAUAAUUUUCAUUCCUUGAGUUUUGAUUUAUCAUAUCCUGUAGUGAUGGUUGGUUUGUGAAUUUGUUCUGGUUACUGUGUAAUUUGUUGUUACUGUUUGUUGUGGUUGUUAUUAUUUAAUGCCAAACUGUUACUUUAAUGGUUUCUGUAUCUGUUUGGGGUUUUGUGUUGUUGCUGUUUAUUCACUCAACAUGUAAGAUUUGUUGCUCCAACAACUCCAUCUGCAUAGCUGUCUUGUUGAAGGACGGCCGCCUUGACAGCAAGCACAUCCACCCUGCUAAAGUGUCCUUGAGCAAGACUCCCUAUCAGACCCAUGGGUGCUGCUUUUUACAGUGUCUGACCAUGACCUCUGACCUCCCUGUGGAGGUGGGAAAAAGAAAUGAUAAUUCCCCACAGAAGUCCCCUUCCCUGUAAAACACACAUCCACCAACUCUUACAUUACAUUAAUACAUUUUUGCUUACGUCUUACCAAUGAUGAAGAUAACUGGCCUGGUUAAUUUCUCAUUGCAGUGGCAGCUUUUUGUGAUUCCUUCAGCAUAAGUGAUUGUAUUUUUAUCGAAAGGCUUUUAUAUUUAUGAUGGUUAACAUCAGCAGAAGUUAUGAGAGAUUAAGGUAACUAUGAAAUCUUAUCUGUAUAAGAAUGAAUGAGCAUUAACAGUAUGUUAACUAGUUCACUAUAAAACAACGUGUUUCAGAGGUGGCUCUUGUUUUUGGGUUUUUUUUCAGUUAUUUUCAGCUGUAAACUAAAAAAAAGUCAGCAUGGAUGAGAAUGUUUCCAAUUUGCAUUGAACCUAGCUCAUUCAUUCUUUCAUUUAUUCAUAUCAUUUUGAUAUGAAACCUUGCAUCUCCAAACAAAUCACAAUCAGAACUUACAUACGUUGCUAAAGCGCUUGAAGCAUACAGGUUUUACAGACAUUUAACAUGACAAAGUGAAUCAGGGUGAAUACACUAAAGAUAAACAUUAAAGCACCGCGGUGUUAAUAUUUCC